AUGAACCCGCACAUCUCUGUCCCUCGUCAACAUGCUGGGCCGGCCAACUUUGGCGCGACCCCCAGCCGCGGGUCAAGCGUGCGCAUGCCACGCUUCUUCAAACGGCUAUUUAAAUUCCCCCAGAUGGACUUUGAAAUGGCCAUUUGGGAGAUGACCUCCCUGCUUAUUGCCCCUAAGAAGGUUUUCAAGUCGAUCUACUACCACAAACAAACCAAAAACACCUGGCACCGCCCCGACCCAUCCUUCACAUACCUCCUUUCUUUCUUCCUACUCCUCACGGCCCUAGCAUGGGGGCUCGCAUAUACACCUUCAUUCGGAGCAAUAAUACGACUCUCGCUCCUAUUCGUCUUCUUACAUUUCAUCGGCUCAUCCCUAGUGGCCUCCGGGGCUCGAGGGGCCGCCGGAGGGGGGGCUGCGCAGGGACUCUUUGUGCAGCCCGGAGAAAAGGAUCAACUUGAGUUUGGAUACUGCUUUGAUGUCUCGAACCGCGCUUUCUUCCCUCUGUACCUCCACCUCUAUGUGGUGCAAUUUAUCCUUCUCCCCCUCCUGACCCGCAACCCAAGCAACUUCUUGGCAACCUUCUUGGGCAAUACGCUCUACCUUUCCGCUCUCAUUUACUACACCUACAUUACCUUCUUAGGGUAUAACGCGUUGCCGUUCCUACACAACACCGAGCUUCUGCUCGUUCCCAUUCUGGUUUUUGCGGUUUUGUGGGUGAUCAGUCUGAUUGCUGGCUGGGGGGUGGUCAUGCACGGUCGAAGUGUCGAGGGGCUGUUUUGGGGUGUAUGA